AUGUCCCUUCCCCUCCGCAUAUUAUGGGUAGCAAAAAUCAACUUCAAGCAAAAGCUCGGUCUAGCUCUCGUCUUCUGUCUAGGGUUCGCUAUCAUUGCGGCAGCAAUCAUCAGAGCCAUUGAAAUAACUGGCAAAACGUUCUCAGACCAAGCAGCGCUGGCAGUUUGGGGUAUUGUUGAAUCAUCAAUCUCUGUGGUCGUCGGAAGCCUGCCUCCAUUCCGAGCUAUUAUAUCUACCUCUUCAAGUGCAGUUCAUUCUCCAUACGGAUCUUCCGGCAUCUCACCAACUUCAUAUGAUCGGAACACUUCAGCACGCGGUAAGCAUCCUGCGGCAGCAAUAGAAUGGAAUGAUAUUCCCUCGCCGGACCUACACUAUACCGGAAACAACAGCGUCGACUAUGAGAUGUAUGCGCAGAAUGUGCAAAUUACUGGAGGGAAUGAAGUUAGAAAUUCCCGAAAUUUGCGACCAAGUGUAUCGGAGGAAAAGCUUCGGAGGGAUAUCAAAAUGGUACAAGAAUUUUUCAAAGAGCGUUAUGUCUUCCUCUUGAUGUCUUAA